CUUUAGCGCGGGUAAAAAUGAUACCCAACAGACUGUAGGCAACAGUUCAAGACUUUGAUGAAUUUUAGUCAGCUCUGUUUUUGCCUGGUUAGCAAAGGAGAGUGUUUGCCUACUGUCAAAAACUCAAACAGGCUGACACAUUGUCUCAGGGCUUAUCAAUUUCAUGAGUAAAAUAAAAGUUACCAAGAAAAAAUAAUUUCCGCAAAUGACAAAGCAAUAGCACGAAAUGUCAAUAACAAAGAAAUCCUCAGUGUCACCGAAUUUUUAAACAGCCAAUCAUAUCACCGGGAGGAGAAGACUGUUGACUGACAAACUCCUUUGUUUUGUUAAAAGCCUCCUUACAAGGCGUCGGUUUUUUUUUUUUUUAAGAAAAACCUGAGAGAAAAUUCUGUUGUGACAAGAAUUUCCAGCAUACAUGUACGUUCGAACAAAAGCUCAAGCUUUUUUCUUGUAAAGAAAAUCGUUUUUUUUUUCAUAAUCAAAUCCGUCUUCGUUGAUUCCAGCUCUUCACAUUGAGUGAAACGUUUACACCAGCCAAGUCAAGACGUGUAGUGGUGAACAAUUAUCAAGUCCAUACGACAUUCAUCCUUCGUUCCUAGACUGUGGCUACAAACAUUUGUUAAAGUCGAACUUGAUUGAAAACGUUCAAUGUAAAGCGAAAUCAUGAAUAAUUCACUUUGCAAAGCCAAGCUACCAAACUCAAGUUCCACAGCUUUACAAGUUAAAGAUCCACUUUAUUCUGCUACUAUCGUUAAUAUCGUCUUCAACAGCUGUCUCUGUUAUACCACGAUUGUGCUGAACAUUGUCACCAUCUGCGCACUACGGAAAACGUCUUCACUACCAAAUCUUUUCAAAACAUUGCUUCUAAGUCUUGCUGUAUCUGAUCUUGGUGUUGGUUUGCUGGGUCAACCUUUAUAUCUCGCCUACCUGGACGUGAAAUUGCAAUGCAACCUUUCCAAUCGGCCCAUUCUUGUUGCAUCUACUCGUGUUAUUUUGAACAUUUUUUAUUUAUCUUCGUUUUGUAGUGUUAUGGCUUUAAGUGCGGAUAGAUUCUUUGCCAUUCAAAAGCCUCUACGAUGCCAGAAUGUUGUAACUCACAAGCGAGUUAUUACUGUAGUCACUGCAAUAUGGUCUCUCAGUGUUCUUUUAGGGCUGUUCUUUGUGUUCGUUCUUCCAGGUAAAAUCACUAUUGUGAUCAUUCUCAUGAUAGAAUCCGUCUGUUUUGGUGCAACGACUUGGUCUUCUUAUAAGAUAUGCAAAACUGCGAGACAACACAACAUACAAAUUCAAUCCCAAACACGAAUAAAUAGCGGCAUGCUAAAUAUUGUGAGUCUCAGAAAAUCUGCCCAGAGUACACUUUUCAUCUACGUGGCAUUUUGGGUUUGUUAUCUGCCUCACUUUAUUUUGUCUUGUCAUCUCAUAUACGCAGGGGGAACUAUGACUUCAAGCACGUUGAAUGAGUUCUUCAAGACCCUCGUUCUCCUUAAUUCCUCUCUCAACCCCGUCAUUUAUUGUUGGAGGAUAAGAAAUAUUCGACACGCUAUAAUGGAAACUCUUCAAAACGUAAGGUGGAGACAGUUCUGCGGAAGAUAACAACUGUUCAGUUA